CAUCAAAAUCCAAGUCCAGAUCUUUACCAUCAAAAUCCAGUGAGAAAAAAUGAGGGGAAUCUUUGCGGUUCGUCGUAUGGUACGUAAUGGAGUUUACUGCGGUUCGCUGUGCUCUUCCAUUACUGAAAUUGCUUCAGCUUCUUCUUAUCCAGCAACAACCCCAUAUUCGUACUCGUGUUCCUUUUCUUCUGUGACGAAACCAUUGUGGCCGGCAUCCAUCUCUAAGUUUCAAUCUGGACAGCAGCCUUCCAAUCGAAAUCACUCUUCAUCCCCUUCAUCAGGUCAAUCUAGAGUGGUUACGGUCGAGUCAGAAGAUCAAUUUAAUAGUUUACUUCGCAAGGUUCAAGAUGAAUCCUUGCCCGCAGUCUUCUACUUCACUGCUGUCUGGUGUGGGCCAUGUAGGUUUAUAUCUCCGCUUAUUGGGGAGUUGAGUGAGAAAUACUCUAAUGUCACCACCUAUAAGAUUGAUAUUGAUCAAGAAGGUCUCAGGGGAGCAUUGGAGAAGUUAAAUAUUGCUGCUGUGCCAACUUUGCACUUCUUCCAAGGGGGAAAGAAGGUGUCGGAAAUAGUUGGGGCUGAUGUUCAACGGCUGAAAACCACCAUGGAGGAUCUCUACAAGUGAUGCUACUUCAUAUACUCCCUGCAACUUGGAUUUUGGUCUUAUCAUAAAUUUAAGCAACACCCAAAGAUUUUUAGUAUUAUAUGCAGAUUAUUGUCUUUAGAUUAUGAAUCAAAGAAGUAUUAUGUAGCAAGAUUGUUUGUGAUGAAAACCAUGGCUCACUUUGUUCUCUCUGUUCACUUUAGAGUGUCUGUAUAUAUUAAAUUAGUUUAUC